UCGCCCUCCGGUUCGCUCGUCGCCUCGCGUCUCGUCUCCUGUUCGGCUCGACUCCACCCGCCGCGAGAGAGAGAGAGAGAGGGAGGGAGCAAACCCUAUCUAGGGUUUUGCCCGCCCACCGCCCUCGCCGUCGACGCCAUGGAAGCCGGAGGAGGCAAGCGGGCCGCCCCGGAGGGCACCAACGGCGCCGCCAAGCGCGCGAGAGCAUCGGAGUCGUCUCAAGUGGGUGUAGGAAGCAAAUUGAAGCCAUGCACCAAAUUUUUCAGUACUUCUGGCUGUCCUUUUGGUUCAAGUUGUCAUUUUCUCCAUAACUUCCCUGGUGGCUACCAGGCUGCUGCAAAGAUGACCAGCCAUGGUGGGACAGCUGUUGCAGCUCCUCCUGGAAGAAUGCCUUUAGGACCUGGUGCUCCUAAUGGGCCACCUACAUCCAGCGUGAAAACUCGCAUGUGUAACAAGUACAACACUGCAGAAGGAUGUAAAUGGGGUAGCAAGUGUCAUUUUGCUCAUGGAGAGAGGGAGCUUGGAAAGCCGAUGCUGCUGGACAACUCAAUGCCACAUCCAAUGGGAUCAAUGCCGUUUGAGGCUCCACCAAUGCCUGGCCCGGACAUCGUUCCUCCCUCAACCUUUGGUGCCUCAGCCACAGCAAAGAUCAGUGUUGAUGCAUCCCUGGCUGGCGGUAUCAUUGGGAAGGGUGGAACCAACACAAAGCAUAUAUCCCGGAUGACUGGGGCCAAGCUAGCCAUCCGGGAUAACGAGUCCAACCCCAACCUCAAGAAUAUCGAGCUUGAGGGUACAUUUGACCAGAUCAAACAUGCUAGUGCUAUGGUCACGGAGCUAAUCGUCCGCAUCAGUGGUAAUGCCCCUCCAGCCAAGAACCCGGGCAGGGGGUCGCAUGCUGGGGGGCCUGGAAGCAACUUCAAGACCAAGCUGUGUGAGAACUUCAACAAAGGCUCCUGCACGUUUGGAGACAGGUGUCAUUUCGCCCAUGGUGAAAGUGAGCUGCGCAAGCCGCCGGCUGCUGCUUGAGACAUGCGUGUCGUGGCUUGGACUAGACGGCCAGCAUACCUGAGCUCCAAAUAUGAAAACGAUUGCACACAAGGUGAAAAUGAUAUGUGCAUUGUUGCUGCUUCUGCAGCAUGAGAUAUUUUGUCAUGGGAGGAAACUGGAUGUAAUCUGGGAGGAAAUAGAUAACAGGGAAUUUCGGUGUCUUUGAUUUGUAGAAUUACCUUGGAGUUUUUCCCUCGGCGCUUCAGUCAAAUUUUGUAAUGCUUCGAAUGCACUAUAUAACCUAGCAAAACUACAAUGAUUCCAUUUACUUGGGUGCUUUCUGAUGCUUC